AUGGCAAAGGGAAAGUUUGCGAGUCCAUUCCGACGGAUGGCGCUGACACCUGCCGACAUGAACGAGCUCGAAGUCGUCGCGAAGACUAUCGUCGAAGCCAACAUGGACCGGUAUUUGCAAUAUUGGGAUGUCAACAAACGCAAGGUGAACCCGAACUCGUGGAAGCUUGUCAAAUCUAAGAACCGGAUGCAUGUAUAUUCCGAACGCCAAUGGAAGCGACACGACGUGAUGCUUGGAGUCAUGAGCCCAACACUGGAAGUUACACGAACCAAAGCCUCGUACUUGGACGAUCUCAGUGGAGCUGCCGUCCUGUCGACGGUCAAGGAGUCAACAUCGGAGGACCCGUUCAAGUCUGUAGCAGUAAAGUGGAUGGAGUUGGAUGUUCGUCGCCGCUCAAUGGGUUUUGUCAAAAACUGA